AUGGCCGACAAGAACCAUCCCAACAUCGUGCGGCUGCUUGGGUUUGCUAUUGGAGGGGACAUGAGGACACGACCAGAGCAAAUUCUGAUCUACGAGUUUGCUACCAACGGUGAUCUUGACCAGUUUAUUAAGAAGGGUGCGUUCCACGUCGUCAUCUGGAAACCUUUUUUUGUUUUACAUCUCUUCGGUGUGCUGAUGCUCGUGGUGAUCACCGGUCGCAGUCCCCGUUCGGCCGAGGGUGAAAAGAACGGCCACAUUCUGCGAUGGGUGGAGGAUUGCGUUUCCUCCAACAACCCGGCCCUCCUCAAGGACGAAAGCAUGGACGCCCUGGAUGAUGCUGUGCUGCGCCUGGCCCAGCUGGCCCUGCGCUGCACUGUGCAGCGCACUGCAAGCCGGCCCAACAUGGCCACCAUUGCCAACGAGCUGCAGGGCAUCAGGCAUGAGGUGGUGGGGAAGGAGGUGCUGAGUGCCGCGGUCAAAGUGGAUGAACAAGCAGAGGGGAUGCGAAGCGGGACGUCAUUUCCAAAUAACUUGGCUGCAAUGUUGGAAGCUAUUAAGAGCAUGGAGGAAGAGUCCACUGGGGAGCAAUCAGGUAGCAUCCGAAGCAGCAGUUGA